UGAAUUGUCAUCUUACGUCUCUGUGCUCUGUGUGGCUCUGUUGACAUUUUUCUUGGAAAAAAAGAAGAAAAUUACUUUUUGUUUUUUUAAAUGGUUGUCCAUUUGUGUUGAAGAAAAAAAUAAUGUAAAUUUGUAAAUUCUAUUCGAAAAGAAAACAAAACAAGUGAAAAAUUCUAAGGGAAAAUUCCCUCAAUUGCCUUCCAUCCAAAAUUGUUGAUUAAAAAUCAAAUAAAGCAAACAAAUCCAAACAAAGAAAACGUUUAAAAAAUUAAAUUUAUUACUUGUUUGUCUUCGAUGCUUUAAUUUGUCUCAUUAUUCUCGUCUUCAUUUGUUUUAGACUAGAGACGAGAUACCGUGUCAACAACGUACGUUAUUAUUUUAAGUCACGAUGCCGAUCUUGUACAGUGUUAUCUCACGGGGAACGACCGUUCUGGCUAAGUUUGCAGAAUGUGUUGGCAACUUUGCAGAAGUCACCGAACAAAUUAUAUCCAAAAUAUCCCUCAAAAACGAGAAGCUCACAUAUUCCCAUGGGAACUAUUUGAUUCAUUAUAAUUGUGAAAAUAAAAUCAUCUAUAUGUGCAUUACGGACGAUGAGUUCGACAGGACAAGAGCAUUCUUAUUUUUGGGCGAUAUUAAACAGAAAUUCAUCCAGACUUAUGGCUUGACUGUGGCUACGGCCAUUGCCUAUGCCAUGAAUUCAGAAUUCUCCAAAGUUCUGGCAGAGCAAAUGGUUUUCUUUAGUCAAUCGCGAGAGGUUGAUGCUAUAUCAAGGGUUCAUGGACAGAUUGAUGAAAUCAAACAUAUUAUGGUGAAAAAUAUUGACAGCCUUAAGGACCGAGGAGAAAAACUGGAACUUUUGGUCAAUAAAGCCGAACACCUAGACAACAAUUCUGUAUCAUUCCGCAAUGCAUCACGUAAUCUAGCUCGAAAGAUGUUCUGGAAAAAUAUUCGACUUUACGUAAUAGUUGGUCUUAUUAUUGUUUUUAUUAUCUACGUAAUCAUCAGCAUGGCAUGCGGUGGUCUUGCUUGGCAGACUUGCAUCCACAACAACUAAUUUUAUUUUACAGAUCGAAUCUUCGAAUGUCUGUUAAAAAAAAGUGAUAAAACAAAUUUUCUUCUUCUUCUCAACACAGGUUUGAUUUUCCUGUUCUCUUUGUUGAUAAUGAUCAAAAAAUAAAUACAAAAGUGUUCGAAAAAAUUAAAGAAAAAGAGAAACAAAAACAAAAAAGAGACAACAUCAAACUAAUAAUGUUAUUCUAAUUAGAUUUAGUAAAAAAAGAAAUCUUCUUUAUGUAAUUUUGAUGAUAUCCAAAUAAUUUGGUAAAAGGACACAUAAAUAUUUAUUUGAUUUUUGUAUUAUAAUUUCAAAAAGACUUACGGAAAUGGUAAAAAAUAUAUAUUUUAUUUAUUGUUCAGGUGUAAUACAUAAAUAAAUUUACAAUGAACGUUUAAAUAAUAACAAUAAUAAUCUAAUCUUGUAAAACCUUAAAAAAACGAAUUCUGAAUUUAAACAAAUAAAAAUGUCUUAAAAUAUUAUUAAAUACUAUAACGCGAUUUAUUUUUCGUACAUAAAUUAUUCUUGCAUCGAGAUAAACAUUAAAAUCGAUGCAAAGAAAUAUAUUCGUAAUAUUAAAUAAAAUUUAUUUACAAAAAUUGUUUAA